UCACAACUCACUUGACAACAUGACAUUCAAGGCACUUGUACUGGCCGCCCUUGUGGUCGCCGCCAUCGCCCUUCCUGAUAGUCACCCUACAUAUGGAUACCCUGCCCCUACUCCUGCUUAUGCACCCGCUAAGUACGACUUCAACUACGCCGUAAACGACCCACCAUCUGGUAACGACUUUGGACAUCAGGAAACCCGUGAUGGCGACAACACACAGGGAUCCUACUACGUCCUUCUUCCCGACGGUCGUCUGCAGAGGGUUACCUAUACCGUUAACGGAGACUCCGGUUACGUAGCUGAUGUCACCUACGAGGGAGAGGCCCAGUAUCCCACUCCACAGACCUCCUAUGGGCCUCCUCAGCCUUCCUACAAGCCACCCACUCCUUCUUACGCUUAAGGCAGAGAGUCAAAGAUAUUUAUUGAUCUGGGAUCUUUAUGAAUAUAAAAUACACGGUACAAUUCACCCAAAGUAGCAUCCUUUCAUUAAUUUGAUUUUAAUUAAUAAAUAUUUUUACCGUUGUUAAAGGUCGUUUUC